AUGGCCGUCACGCGCUCGCUUCGGCGUAAUACCGCCAUCACGUACGUGCUCGCGGGCGUGCUGUGCGUCUUCUUCCUGUACUUCUUCUUUGGCGACAGCGCGCGGAUCCCCUCCAUCAGCACCGCUCCCAAGCAGCUGCUGAAGAGCAAAGAUGCCGCCUCCAACGCCCUCUCCCCGCCCUCGCUGCCUUUCCGCAAGCCCGCCAUGCUCGGUCCGAACGAGGUCGCUCCCCCACCGCCCGUUGUACACUAUCACAUGAACAAUGUCACCACCACCAGCGAUCCCGUCGGCAAUCGCGAGGCCGUCCUGAUCCUCACACCCCUCGCACGCUUUUACCAGGAAUACUGGGACAACCUCUGCAAGCUGUCAUAUCCACACGACCUAAUCUCCCUAGGCUUCAUCAUCCCCAAGGGCAGAGAGGGUAAUUUGGCCACGCAGCAGCUGCAGGAGCGCAUCGCCAAGACGCAAGCUCCCUCGAACAAGAACCGCUUCGCUUCCAUCACAAUCUUGCGCCAGGACGAAGAGCCACCGAAUGGCCAGAGCGAGUCCGAGCGACACGCCAUGGCUGCGCAGAAAGAACGACGUGCCUCGAUGAGCAAGGCCCGGAAUAGUUUACUAUUCACCACUCUGGGUCCCACCACGUCUUGGGUCUUGUGGCUAGACAGCGACGUUGUGGAAACACCGCCGAGUCUUAUACAGGACCUCGCGGCUCAUGAUAAGCCCAUUAUCGUUCCCAACUGCUUUCAGCGCUACUUUAACAAGGACAAGGAGGCCAUGGAUAUCAGACCAUACGAUUUCAACAGCUGGCAGGAUUCCCCAACUGCGCAAUCACUGGCGGAGAAGUUGGGGCCAGAUGAGAUCCUACUUGAGGGAUACGCAGAAAUGGCGACGUACAGGAAUCUCAUGGCUUACAUGCAUGACGAUCCCAGCAACCCAGGAAAGGUGGUAGAUCUUGAUGGUGUGGGCGGAACCGCAUUGCUGGUCAAAGCGGAGGUUCACCGAGACGGUGCCAUGUUCCCACCAUUCCCCUUCUAUCACUUGAUUGAGACGGAAGGCUUCGCCAAAAUGGCGCAGCGAUUGAAUUGGAAGUCUUAUGGCUUGCCAAACUACCUUGUGUAUCAUUACAACGAGUAG